GCUGUGACUCGACAUUCCUUGGAUGAUGGCCGCUGUCGCAUUCUCCAGCAAGCUGACGGUCAUUGCAUCCGCAGCCCUGUGCGGGGCUGCCCCUUUCUCUGACUUUUGGAUUUGAAAGCUGGGCGCACUUCAGGAUCACUUGGGGCUGAGGAGUCCCCGCAAUGAGCCACAACGACUCGGGCUCUCUGGGCCGGCUCGAGCGCGGGGACCGGCGGCGCAACAGCAUCGGGGGCCUCAGCGGCGCGUCCUUCCCCGCCAGCGAGACGGACGACUCCGCGGGGAUCGCUUCCAGCGCCCCCCCGCGCCCGAGCCACCGCCGCGAGGCCUCGGAAGGGGGGGCGCUGCGCUCGCGCCUGUCUCUGGAUUCCACGUGGAGCGAGCUCCAACCCCUGGAAGAGAACGGCGCCUCGAUAAGCGGGGCGGGCAGCAAUGCGGACACGCCCACGAGCAACUUUGCUGCCAGUUUUGGGAAAUCCUCCCCCCUGGAGGGAAUGCUGUUCCGGUCACCCUCGGAGCGGCGAAGGGACUCGUUCGACCUGGCGUCGCCAGACUUUGCGGCCCGCUUGAUGAGGCGGGAGUCAAUAGAUGCGGGGACGGCCCCCCCUGAUCUGGGCGGGGGGGGGCCGAGGCAGGCGGUGAAACGGUCGAGGAGCAGCGUGUCGAUCCAGGUGCCUCCAGAGUUGCUGGCACAGUUUACGCCCCCGCCAAGCAGCUACCCCUCCCCCGCAAUGAUGGGGCCCUCCCCUCCAGGCACGUCGCCCUCCCCAGAAUCGAAGGAGCGAACGCGUAAGCUAUGGCUCAUGGUAAUAUGCGCCGGAGGCAUAUACACGUGCUACAUAACUUAUGGCCUCCAGCAAGAAAAGCUGUAUACGACUGAUUAUUCAGAAGGACUGGGAGAGUACUUUGAGUACACCCUCGUACUCGUCUUCAUUCAGUGCAUAUUUAACGUCCUAUUCUCCUUGAUCAUCAUGUUAGCCCAAGGCUUCGACCCCCGUGCCUCACAGCACCGGACCAAAGUCAAAGUCUUCACCGACUUCGCCCCCACGUCCUUCGCUUAUAUCUCCGCCACAAUAUGCUCCAACGCCGCCCUACAGUACCUCAGCUAUCCUACACAGGUUUUGGGGAAGUCCGUCAAGAUGAUACCCGUUAUGCUCUUCGGUGUGUUUUACAACCGGAUUCGAUACAGAUGGACCGAGUACUUUUGCGUGCUUCUGGUCAGCGGGGGUAUUGGGCUCUUCUUCCUGUCCAAUAAGGUCAAGGAAGGAGACGAGGAGGCCAGCCAUAGUGUCAAGGGGCAGCUCCUGGGGCAGCUGCUGCUGAUCGCGUCGCUAGUGCUGGACGGUGUCACGGGGGCUACGCAGGAUCGCAUGGUGGCCAAACAUUUGCCGUCUUCGCUCGAGCUGAUGUUCUUCCAGAAUUUGUGGGGGGCCAUCCUCACGUUCUUUGCCUUGCUGUCGUCCGGGGAGUUCUUCCGGGGCGUGGCGUAUUUAUUGCGGUACCGCGUCGUGUUGCUGGACGUGACCGUUUUUUCCCUCACGAGCGCCGCCGGCCAGUUCUUCAUCUUUCUGUGCAUACGACACUUCGACGCCCUCUUCUGUGCGACCGUGACAACGACCCGCAAGUUUUUUACAAUCUUAGCGUCUGUUGUGUGGUACGGGCACCACCUGACGUCGUCCCACUGGCUGGGCGUGCUGAUGGUCUUUGGCGGGCUGCUGGGCAAGAUCUACGGCCAGAGCAGCAGCGGCGCGAGCAAGCUGCAGCCGGCCGCGGUCAACAUCCGCAAGUCGCGCAAGUCGGACCCCCUCUCGCGCACGCAGUCCGCGACGCCCGGGGCGCUCACCACGCCGGAGUUCCUGCGGAAAUUCAAGUCGCUGGCGGACCCCAAGAGUUGAAGAAAAAGGGUCUGGGAUUUGGGGUCUGGGGUCUGGGGUCUGGGGUCUGGGGUCUGGGGUCUGGGGUCUGGGGUCCGGGGUCCGGGGUCCGGGGUCUGGGGUCUGGGGACGGGGUUUGCGGUUUGGGGUUUUGUGGACGGACGCAGAGGGCAGGGAUUGGAGGUGGAUGCAAGGGGGGUGGGGAAGUGAGGAAGUUCCGAAAGCCAGGGAGGAGAGAAGAGAGUUUUGGGGUUUGCGGGAAAGGAGGGGCGGCGCUAGAGGCGGGGGACGAUGCGGUUUGGAAAGCUUCAGUACUUUCUC